AGAGCGUGGACCUGCGCACGGAGAGCUGUCAUCAAAUAAAGCUUUAGUUCUGCCGUUCCUGUGGAUUUUUCUCCCGGCACCUCUAACUAAGGAGGAAUUUGUCAGCUCUUGUGUCAUCUGAAGGAAAUUUUUUUGUGACCUGAAGUGAGCUCUGCCUUCACGCCCAGAGUAUCUCAGCUUGGACUUCUCAGAGUUGAGGGCACAUGGGAGCUGAUGGGAGGAGGCCUACCGUCCCUGGGCUCUGAGGUCACAGACUGUCAUUUCACACCAGAAUAAUCGUCUGCACCGUCAACGAAAGUGCUCUGACUUCAGAGUGCGCUAGUUUCCCAUUCAAGGCACCUGAUGUUGAUGAGCCAAUAAGAAGACAAAGAGGAGAGGACCCUCUUAAUGAAUUCUCCCAAAACCUGAAAGGCAAAUACUGCAAGUUGGUUGUCGUGAGGAGGGAUGAGGACGAUUAGUAUGGCUUGGCUCUGUCUCCCAGCCUGCACCGCUCUCCUUGUUGGGUGCUUCCACAUGGCCAUCACUGAAAGCGACGUCACUCCACGCCUAACCUUUUCCUACAAUGCAAAAGAAAGGACAAGCAGAAGUUUCUCAGUCAGCGGGGUCUUCAACUACACCUCUCUCCUGCUCAGCAGUGAGGACAACAUGCUGUAUGUCGGCGCCCGGGAGAUUCUCUUUGCCCUCAACCUCUCUGACAUCAGUGCAAUCAGGCUACAGAGAAAUCUCACGUGGAAAACGCCAGAGAGUAAGAGAGAAGAGUGCAGUUUCAAAGGCAAAGACCCACAGAAGGACUGCUUCAACUACAUGAAGAUUUUACUCCGUGUGAACAGCACGCACCUCUACGUCUGUGGAACGUACGCGUUCAGCCCCACCUGUGCUUACAUAAGGACCGCUGACUUCUCCUUCGUCAAGAGCGAUGCCGGAGAGAUUGUCACAGAGGACGGACGAAGCCGCUGCCCGUUCAACCCUGAGUACAAGUCUACCGCCAUCAUAGCUGAUGGAGAGCUGUACACCGGCACCGUCAGUAAUUUCCAAGGAAAUGAACCCAUCAUUUACAAGAGUCUGAGCCAGGGAGCUGCUCUGAAAACUGAAAACUCUCUCAACUGGCUGCAAGACCCGGCCUUCGUCGGCUCUGCCUACAUACAACAGAGCCUGCCCAAGGGCAACCUGGUGGGCGACGACGAUAAGAUUUACUUCUUCUUCAGUGAAGCAGGAAAGGAGUUUGAUUUCUUUGACAACACCAUUGUGUCACGCAUCGCUCGUGUGUGUAAGGGUGACAUUGGAGGAGAGAGGGUGCUGCAGAAGAAGUGGACCACUUUCCUGAAGGCUCAGCUCUUGUGCUCUCUGCCUGACGACGGCUUCCCCUUCAACAUCAUCCAAGACAUGUUCGUGCUCACGCCCAGCCCCGAGGAGUGGAACGACACCGUGUUUUAUGGAGUCUUCACAUCUCAGUGGUACAAGGGUGCGUCUGGCAGCUCUGCAGUGUGCUCCUUCACCAUGGAGCAGGUGGAGAACGCCUUCGCCGGGCGGUACCGGGAGGUGAACAGAGGGACCCAGCAGUGGUACACGUACAACCACCCGGUCCCGGAGCCGCGGCCCGGAGCGUGCAUUACAAAUGCUGCCAGGAAGCAGGGCAUCUCCUCCUCGCUCCAUAUGCCAGACAAGGUGCUGAACUUCGUCAAAGACCACUUCCUGAUGGACACCGUGAUCCGCAGCCAGCCGCUUCUGCUGAAACGUAACGUGCGCUACACGCAGAUCGCUGUCCACCGUGUGCAAACAGCGAAAAAAGUGUAUCACGUGCUCUUCAUUGGCACAGAUGACGGCAGACUUCAUAAAGCCAUUAAUGUCAAAAACAAGAUGCACAUCAUUGAGGAAAUGGUGAUCUUCCAGGAUUCCCAGCCGGUGCAGCACAUUGAGCUGGACACUGAAAAGGGCCAGCUUUAUGUGUCGUCUCUCUCUGAACUGGUGGAGGUCCCAGUAGCCAACUGCACUAAUUAUCAGAGCUGUGGGGAGUGCAUCCUCUCCAGGGAUCCGUACUGUGCCUGGAGCGAGAGGCAGUGUGUAGAUAUCAGGAGCUCUCCUGCAAGCAAGGCUGGCGUGCAGGAUGUAGACGAAGCAGACACGUCAGCUAUUUGCAACAAGACGGCACCAAGCCCGCGGUUUCGUAAACCUCCACCUACACGUGCAUCGUCGUGCCAGGUGAUCAUUAUCCCGGCCAACACGUUCAAAGUGCUGCCUUGCAAGCCGCGCUCUAAUCUGGCGGAAAGUCGGUGGGAGUUCAGCGAGAACGCGGGCCACUUCCAUUACCCCAGCCCGGAGGGAGGCCUGGUGGUGGUGGCUCAGGCGGACAGGCAGGACACCUACGAGUGCUGGUCCGUGGAGGAAGGCUUCAGACAGCUGCUGGCAAACUACUGCGUGAGGGGCGAGGCCAGGCAGGAGAGCACAACCCCGGCAGGCCGUUCCCGCGCACCGCAGAUCUCCCGGGAUGAAUCCAUCAACCUGCCGGGGGAAACCCGGCUGCUGCAGACCAACACCAAGACCUACUGGAAUGAGCUGAUCGUGGUGUGCGUCCUGCUCGGAUUCUCCCUGGUGGUUUUCUCCCUUUUCGUGAUUUACAGACACCGCGACCACAUGAAGUCCAUGCUCAAAGAGGGGGAGUGCCCAAACAUGCAGCAGAAGAAGCCCAAAAUCGUUGUUAAGACCGCUGAGAACCUGCCGCUCAACGGUAACGCAGUUCCGACGUCAGUUUCCGAUCACAAAGGGUACCAGACCCUUAACGACAACUAUAUCUGCAGCACUCCGCCGCACGAGUGCUCAUCCCCAGACAACAGCAAGAGCUUCUCGGAGUCUGAGAAGAGGCCUCUGAACUCGAGAGAGAGCCACGUAGAGAUCUCCCCCACAUGCCCGCGGCCACGAGUCAGACUAGGCUCUGAAAUCAAAGACUCGAUAGUGUGAGGCCGGCUUCAUGUUGCAUGGAGUGAACUCAAAAAGAAAACAGUGCACUUGUUUAGAAAGACAAAACAUGAUAAGACGGGGAAGAAGCGCUCUCAUGGACAAGCAUUUCUUUACACGGAUUUUGCACUUUUUCCUCCUUUUAGUUUUGUCCCUGUGGUUCGAUGUGCAUUUCAUUCUGUUUUCCUCUCACGUGCCCUUAUUGAUGUGCACCUGAGUCACACUGAAGACGGAGAGGCUCUAGUCUGUCAGACUAAUGACGCUUUCACAUGCAAGUCACAGGGAUGUAGAGGCGGCAUCACAGGCAUCACGUAGUGAUUCAGUUUCGGAGCGCCGCCACUCCGUCCGUCCAUACGAUACACUGGUAAUGCUUUGAAAGGUGAACACGUUGCCUCUAACGCCGACACGGUGUCUGAUGUUUUAUUUUCAUUCUGAGGCUAUGCACUAUGUACCGUACUGUAGCAAAGUAUACAUAAGCAAGUCAGUGAUGUAAAAAAAAAAAAAAAAAAAUGUCCCUGGUUAGCCUGCGUGCAUUCAUGCCAGUCUUUUCAAAAACUGAACUACAACACAGAAAGAGCAAAAAUAAGAAUAAUUACAAGAUUAGAUUCACACGUUAGAUGAAAUGUAUUCAUAAAAGGAGCACACAAAGAACACACUAAAUGAAGUCGCAAAUAUACAGUUAUGUAUGUUUAAAGUAUUUGGAUUGUUUCUGGGUUUAAAUAUUCCUCUAACGAGGCCUGAAUUCGAACUUUUCUACAACUGAAUGUGAGAAAAAAAAAAAAGCUCAUUCCAGGUAUUAUCAUGCUGUUCUUCGUGAGAUAGCCAGUCUAUGCAAAGCACAUAAUGUGAAGUGAGGUGAACGUAAAGAAAACCUCGCCUUGAGACCGAGUAAGCACAAAGGUACUGGCGCUGUGAAUGACUUUAGAGUCUGUGGCUCUGCAAAAAGAAAAAAAACCGCAAGUAUGCAAGAGAGUUCAGCCAUUUUCGGUGUGUUUUAGUGAAGGAGAUCACGGAUCUCGUGGCCGUACAAGACACAGGGGUCAAGGAUCGUCACGGACAUCUGUGGCAGUUGAAUUACUGCAGCAUGAUGAAACUUUUACUGAUGAGGUGGCAACAUAUUUGAUAUUAGAGGUCAUACUUUAGUGUUUUAAACAUCUGGCACUGUUUUCAAAGGGAAAUGAUAAAAAGAAAAAAAAAGGUAUUUUAAUAAAACACCAGUAUAUUCUCACUUUUGAUAGACAUAUUAAGUGUGGAGCGUUAUCAAUGAAAGGGAGAAAACAGCCUCUGCUUGCUUAAAUGGUCUUAAAGGCAACCAUCAGAGCAAUAACUUUCAUUCUCAUUCAGUAAUAAACAUAUGAAAUGUCCAUUUAGUUUUUCUUAUUUGUGCAAAAAUAAUGAAUAGUUUACUGUACCACAUAAACCGCCAAAUGUAUAGGUCACGUGACACCAUGACCGUGUACACCAUAGCAAGUCUUACUUGAGUUUGAUUCAGAAUUACAGAAUGAAAUUUCAUGCAUUGAGAGAAGGUGUGCAACUUGACAAAAGAAAGCUUGGGAUUUGCACGUGAUGAUGAAAGCCUUAGUAUAAUGCAGGUUAUAGAUGCGAGUACAAAUCUGCCUUGGUCUAAACGAACAAUGCCUUCUGAUGUAAUAAUAAUGUGACGUGCCUCUUGAGAUCAAUAGCUAACCAGGUAGGGGUGCUGCAGAGUCAGAUGUGAUGCUGCGGCCGUGACAGGACUGGCCAACCUUCAGAAACGAUGACGCAACCAAGAAUCCACGCAGUUGAGCACCUGCUCACGUGGUCUUUCUUUAACUUCACUAUCUGAUCGGAUGGCUUCGACUGCAGUCAGGGAUGAAAUUUUAUUCUUAAACAUUAGUACAUAAAUAACCACUUUGAAAGAAAAUAUGAAAAGUAUUAUGGUACAUUUCUUGUAAAAUGCACUGCAAAAAAAAGAGUUUUGAUUGCGAGGGGUGGUCACCUGUAAUCCCUCGUGCAGUAUGAAAGAUUCAUGCUUCGACUGUUAUUACUAACACACACAAGCAGCAGCUUUUAGUAAAGUGGCUGUCAUCCGAAAUAUAUUGAAUUUGCUACAGCAAGUGCACAAGAAAUACAAAAUAGUAGUGUUUUAGUCGAAUGUGUGCAGGUUCUCUGAGACGAGGCCACAACUAUUAAAGCCACGGUGUAAGUAUUGGUGUCUGCUCUCUUAAUGAACCACUGUAGUCAGGCCUUCUGUACGCGUGGCUCAGACUCUCGUCGACAUGUAUUGUACAGCAAGUAAAAGUUCUGUUUUUGUUUUUGUAAAUUCAGCUGCCAAUGUACAAAUAUUUGUGAAUUGUAUUUUUUGUAUCAUACAUCACAGUUUUUUUGUUGUUUUUUUUUCCUUUUUUGUACUGUAUAUAAAAACAUUUUAUUUUAAUUUUUCUAAUAAAUAUCAAACGGAUAACUUA